AACAAUACUUACAAAAAAUGUAUAAAUUACUAUAGGUUAUUCUUGUUUUAAGAAAAAAUUAGUUAGGUGUUGACAGCUUCAACAAUGAGCUAUCAUUCCAAAAAAUAAUUAAAAGCUUCAGUUUAAUUUGGCAAUUUCACAAAAAGUUAAAAAUUAAAAACUGGACAAAAUAAGUUAUAACAAUUAACAUUACAGUAAACUGACUAGAUAACUACAGGUUGGUACUUUUUUCCGUUGUUUAUAUAGACGUACGUUCGUGGUUACAAUGCACACUCGAAAGACCAAUCAGAUGCGUUAAAAGUGCGGGGUACGGCACACCAUGCCCAGUCACCACUAUCGUUAAUCGUUAUGCUCGACAACUCUGAUGGGAUCUCAGCCCUCAGGUCCGACUUAUAUUCGAAAAUAAGUACCGAUUUUAUGUGCGAAACCACGUUGGAAAAGUGGGAUGUUAAAUAUCAACUUAUCGAAGUAACAAAAAUAUUUUUGAAACCAAUGAUUAUUAUUAUUACUUUAUUGAAUUUUACAUUCGAUAUUACGCGUGUUAUACGGUAAUUAUCAUUCGUGUAAUCGUGUGUGCAUUUUAUUCACGGACGUUCGUGGGCGCAUUACAAUAGAUAGUAAACACACGAACGCUCGUGUAUUUACACAUUUUUUUGUUAUUUUCUUAUCAUCAUUUUCUUUUUUCAUUGAUAAUAAAUUAAUAGACUCCAACAACUGCCUAGUUAGUACGAACAAUUUUUCUUCUAGAAAAGCAUCUAAUAAUCAUUCAAUAAUCCAUUAAUUCUUUUCCUACUAUCUCACAUAAUUAAAAUGUUGAACAAUCUGACAGUUUCCAAACAAUUUUUUUCCCCCCGCGUUAGCGUUUCCGGUUACCAGAGAUGCCGGUUACCAUGGAACGCAGAAGAGGUAGUGAUUAUCAAUUAUCAGUUAAUUGUCAAAUGUAUUAUUCUAUGCGUUUUCAUUGUGGUUCCUUAAUUUUUUUUAAAUGAAUCCGUUGGUACUAUAAUUUGGUAUUGAAUAUUACUUCUUGCCCACACCCAAUGGAAAAUAAUAAGUAAAGUACCUAAUCUUGAUUUCUUCCUAAUCUUUUAAUAAAAUGUACUCAUUAGGUUAUUUUCCUUUUCUUUAGGUUAUUGGUAGAUUUCCGUAAGUUAGACUGAAUUAUUGUAAUUAUUGGUAGUAGUUUUUAGUCCAAAUACUUAUUUUGAGUUCAAAUAUCUUUUCCGUUUCACUUGUGUCCAGGUGAAUAGUAAAAUUACUCUGUAAUAAUGUUGUGAUAUUCGCAUUACAAAUUAUAAUAUGAAUAUGUAUUGUAUUUGUCAUAAAAUAACAGUAUGUUGCGCUUGUCAUUCAUUUUAAAUUAUAAUUUUUUAUCAACCAGCAUUUUCUCUUGUCAUUCACGCUGUUCAUUCUUAUUGGAUGUCAUUUCAAAAUCGUUGGGUGCUUUAGGUAUCUACUUCUUUGGAACCUUAGGUCCUUUAGGUAAACAAAAAAAAUACCUAACUUAUUUAUUCUUGGAAUAUAUUUGUUUAACAUAGACAUUAUGAAAAUACUUGUUUUAUAUUUUAAACAAAAUUUGACAGUCUUUAUAAAACAUUCAAAUAACUUUCCUUAUAAAUUGAAAUUUAUUAAUUUAUUAAUUUUUUUUUUUUUUAGAUAUGAAUUGAUUUAGUAGUGUUUUGAAAAAAAUUGAUUUUGAAUUUUACAUGACUUAAAAAAGGUAUGCACAAAUAAUAUAUAUAUAUAUAUAUUAAAAAUAAAACCAAUUUAACUGAUUAUUUAAUUUUAAAUCAUUUAGAUACCAACGGUGAAUUGGGAUCUUCAAUGAGCACCAAAUUUCUGAAAUCAAUAUUAUGAUUAUUAAUUGUAGUCUGAAAAUAUUUGAUGAAACGCUAACUUCAGUUAAUGAAAAGGACAAAUUCUAAAGCAAGUAAUACCACAAAAGUAAAAAAGACCUAAUAUGACUAGGAAUAUUAAUUCACAAGAUAAAUUAGUUAUUGAAAAUCAAGCAGAUAAUCUAAAAAAAAAAUGUAUUCUUCAAAAUCCACAAUCUAGUAAAAUUGAACCUGAAAAUCCUAAAGCUACCAAAAAAGAGGCCAAAAUAACAAAACUAAAAGUGCAUAAUUCAGUUAAGCCCACAAAGAAUAAUGAUCUACGAGAAAUGUCUAAUACUAAACAAGAAAGUUUGCAAACGGUUAACAAAUCAACAAAUUCUAUGCAGAUACCAUUAAAAAUUAAUAAAAACAAAAAUUCUAAAUUAUUUAAGAAAAAAUCUAUAAUGAAUGAUGCAAACAUAAGUAAAACAUCAAAUGAUUUUGAAGGUAGUGAUAACUUUAUAUCAUCAAAAAAUAUUAAAAAUAUAUCCACAGUACAAAUUAUAAAUAUACAUGACAAAUCUGAUGACAUGAAAAGGAGUAGUAAUUAUCUAAUACCAACAAGUUCUAAACAUGUAACAUCAAAAUCUGUUAAAACUAAUGUUGCUAUGGAAAAUGUAAAAAAUGAUGACAACCUAUCUGAUAAACUUGAAACAAGCAAUAAUUUAAUAUCAUUGAAACCAUUUACAAGUAAAUCUAUAAAUAAACCUGUUAAAAAAAAGACUGCUAUAAAUAAUGUUAACCAAAUUGAUACAUGUAUAGAACUUGAGUCAAGUGAUAAAAAAUGUGACUACUCUUUUUUGAGAAAAGCAUUGGAAUGUCAAAAAAUUGAUAUAGCCAAUAUUUAUAAUGAUAAAGAUAAUUUACAGCAAUCUAAAAAUCUAGUUACAGUUAAUGAAAAACUUCCUAUUCCCCAAGAUUCAAAACUAAUUAAUGGUUGUUUUAAAAAUAAUAUGAUGCUUAGAGGCAAUGAUCGGCCAAAAAAAAAAAAUAAAUGGUAUGAUGAUUAUGUUGAAAUAAAAUCAGUAAAAUCACAUAGUCCUCUUUCAAGUGGAUUGAAAAUGAAUAAAAGUAACUGUAGUAAAACUAUUAGAAAACCUCGAAAAUCAAAAAAUACUGAUAAUAAAAAUGUUAAAAAUACAAUUUCAGAAAAAUUAAGUAAGAGUUCUAUUGAUUCACUUUCAAGCAAUAAUAGUUCAAGUACCUUAAAAAAUACAGAUUGGUCCAACUUAAAUAUUUCGACAACUCAAAGUCUUGAUAGCAUAUCAACAACUACAAACAAUAUUUCUGUGAUUGAAUCAACAGCUAUUAACAAUUAUGUCAUUGCUGAAUCUCUAAACAUAGAUGUCAAAACUAAUAAUAACCCAAAUACUACAAAUUUUAAUCCUCUUGAAGAAUUAACAGUUGAUAACAAUAAUGUUAUUUUCCAAAUAACUGAUGAAAAUAUUGAUACCAAUGAAACUAUAGAUUCAUCUGAUGUUACUGUGUUACAUAAAACAGUUGAACUGGUAUCUGAUUUUAGUAAUUCAACAGUUCCUAUGACAAGUACUGAAAAUUCUGAAAUAAGCUAUGGUAUUUCAAUACUGUCCGAAGCUAUUAGUCGCCAAUGUAUAGAAUCACCAAAUAAAAGCAUUAAGAGAAAGUCUUCAGAACCAAAUAAUAUAAAUGAAAUUUCUCCAAAGAAAGCUAAGAAUAACUUGCCAUUACAAGUACCCAGUGCCAUGGUAUCGCCUCAAAGAGUUCAUAAAAAUAUCUCGAGAAAAGUUAUUAACCACCCUGCAACAUUUUCUAAACAGUCAUUUGAGUCUGAUUUACAAACCAAUAUAGAACGUGAAAUUUAUCUUCUUUCAAAGCGGUUUAGUAUACCAAUUGAUUCUCUCAGAAAGACAGUAGUACUGGAGCCACUUUCGAUAUUUCAUAAAAAGUACUCUGAAUCUGUUACUCCUUCAAUGGUAACAGUGUCACCAAUUGUAAGAGAUGCUUCAUCUCAUUUUAGUUAUGCAAAUGGAAAUUUAGAUGUCAAAUAUAAGAUUGAACCAAUUAGAGAGGGUGCUGCCUAUGAAAAAACCAACCUGAAAGAUUUAAUACAAGAACUUACAAAAACAAUGCCCUCGUGGAACUUAAGUAUAGUCACCAAUCCAAAAAGAUAUGUUAUCUCACAAAUGUCUAUUAAUAUAUAUGGUGUUCCCAGUGCAAACAAAUCCAUUGUAUUAGAUAGAUACUUUAGAGCCUCUGUUUACAUUAAUCAAAGUUUAGAAUAUAAAUACAGUAAGCAUUAUACAACAGCAGUUGAGAUUGUCAAUCUUAUUAAAGAAUUAGAUUCUCUAUAAGUUUUUAUUUUUUUGUAUCUAAUAAAAUUCCAUUAUUAAAUGUACAUACCUAUC